AUGAAAGUGAGUGGCCUGGUCCAAGCUCUGUUCGUUCUUCUGGUUAUCGCCUUGGCACAAGCUCAACCCUUGGUCUACAGGCCCUACGGACUGCACAAUGUGAGUUACUCAGACUUCAGUGAGACUUGGCGAAAUUUGGACUGAAUUGUUUUAUCAGUUUGCCGGAAAAGUAAUGUGGAUUCGUUGAGUUUCGAAUUGGGUCGCGGCGGCUAGCCGCGACUAAAGAUAUGGAGCGCGGCUGCGACGAGACAUCUUGUAGCGACAAAUCCACAUUAUUUUUUCGACAGGCUGACAAGAAAAAUUCCCAGAUCAUGCUUUAAAUAAACCACCGAAAUUUGGUCAAUUAAAAUUAAUUGACUUUCCUGGCGAAAUUGACAAAAAAAAGUACCGAAAAAAACGUAUUUCUCCGACCAUCCCUUCUCAUUCUCAAUAGUCCCUUGACUAGAAAGAAACGUUAAAUAUUCUGAUUACAACGACCCCAACUCUCUUUCCAGGUCGGAAUCCCCGUCUCGACGUAUCGGCACGCCAAACGCUCGAAUGCCGAACUCAUCAACGGCCUCAUCGGCAUGGACCUGAACACGCUGCAGGCGGUAGGCAAACGCUCCAACGCCGAGCUCAUCAACGGCUUGAUCGGCAUGGACUUGAACCGACUUUCGUCCAUCGGCCGAAGAAGAUGA